AUGCGCGGCAGUGUCCUAAAUACUAGAGAUAAGACGAAGGCAGAGUCCACCCCCAGAGACAGUCAAACGACUUCAGGGGAGGUGGCGGCACCUCACAGCGGGAGCGGCCCCCGGGGCGGGCGCUGGGUGAUUCCAGAGCAGCUUGGCACCGGAGGAUUCCAGAACGUCUGUCUGUACGAGCAUCGGGAACUUGAUCUCAAAAUAGCCAUUAAAUCUUGCCGCCUAGAGCUAAGUACCAAAAACAGAGAACGGUGGUGUCAUGAAAUCCAGAUUAUGAAACUACUCAACAAACCAGAAAAUUGUUGCGGACUUAGAGAAAGUCAGAUACUUUCUUUACUCAGUGAUACAGGGUCUGGGAUUCGUUAUUUGCAUGAAAAUAAAAUUAUACAUCGAGAUCUAAAAACCGAAAACGUAGUUCUUCAGGAUGUUGGUGGAAAGGUAAUGCACAAAAUAAAUGAUCUGGGAUAUGCCAAAGAUGUUGAUCAAAGAAGUCUCUGUACAUCUUUUGUGGGAACCCUGCAGUAUCUGGCCCCAGAACUCUUGGAGAAGAAGCCUUACACAGCUACUGUUGAUUAUUGGAGCUUUGGGGCAAUGGUGUUUGAAUGCACUGCUGGAUAUAGGCCUUUUUUGCAUCAUCUGCAGCCAUUUACCUGGCAUGAAAAAAUUAAGAAGAAGGAUCCAAAAUGUGUAUUUACUUGUGAGGAGAUGACUGGAGAAGUUCGGUUUAGUAGUCAUUUACCUCAGCCAAAUAGCCUUUGUAGUUUGAUAGUAGAGCCUAUGGAAAACUGGCUGCAGUUGAUGCUGAAUUGGGACCCACAGCAGAGAGGGGGACCUGUUGACCUUACUUUAAAGCAACCAAGAUGUUUUGUAUUAAUAGAUCACAUUCUGAAUUUGAAGAUAGUACACAUCCUAAAUAUGACUUCUGCAAAGAUAAUUUCUUUUCUGUUACCACUUGAUGAAAGUCUUCAUUCACUACAGUCUUGUAUUGAGAGUGAAAAUGGAAUAAAUACUGGCUCUCAGGAGCUUCUUUCAGAGACAGGAAUUUCUCUGGAUCUUUGGAAACCGGCUUCUCAAUGUGUUUUAGAUGGAGUUAGAGGCUGUGACAGCUAUAUGGUUUAUUUGUUUGAUAAAAGCAAGACUGUAUAUGAAGGGCCAUUUGCUUCCAGAAGUUUGUCUGAUUGUGUAAAUUAUAUUGUACAAGAUAGCAAAAUACAGCUUCCAGUUGUAUAGCUACGGAAAGUUUGGGCUGAAGCAGUACACUAUGAGUCUGGGCUAAAAGAAGACUACAGUAGGCUCUUUCAGGGACAAAGAGCAGCAAUGUUAAAUCUUCUUAGGUACGAUGCUAAUUUGACAAAAAUGAAGAACACUUUGAUCUCAGCAUCACAGCAACUGAAAGCUAAAUUGUAAUUUUUUCACAAAAGCAUUCAGCUUGACCUGGAGAGAUACAGUGAGCAGAUGACUUAUGGGAUAUCUUCAGAAAAAAUGCUAAAAGCUUGGAAAGAAAUGGAAGAAAAGGCUAUCCACUAUGCUGAGAUUGGUGCCAUUGGAUACCUUGAAGAUCAGAUUAUAUCUUUGCACACUGAAAUCAUGGAGCUACAGAAGAGCCCCUAUGGAAGACGCCAGGGAGACUUGAUGGAAUCUCUGGAACAGCGUGCCAUUGUUCUGUAUAAACAGUUAAAGCACAGACCUGCAGAUCACUCCUACAGGGACAGCACAGAGAUAGUGAAGAUCAUUGCGCAUACUGUUCAGAGUCAGGAUCGUGUUCUCAAGGAGUUGUCUGGCCAUCUAAGCAAGGUUUUGGGCUGUAAACAGAAGAUUAUUGACCUACUCCCCAAGGUAGAAGUGGCCCUCAGUAACAUCAAAGAAGCUGACAAUAUUGUCAUGUUCAUGCAGGGAAAGAGGCAGAAAGAAAUUUGGCGUCUCCUUAAAAUUGCCUGUACACAGAGUUCUGCCAGGUCCCUUGUAGGUUCCAGUCUAGAAGGUGCAGUGACUCCUCAGGCAUCAGCGUGCCUGCCUCCAAUUUUAGCACAACGUGAACAUUCUCUUUCAUGCAUGGUAACUCCUCAAGAUGGGGAGAGUUUAGCACAAAUGAUAGAAGAAAAUUUGAACUGUCUUGGCCAUUUAAAUACUAUUAUUCGUGAAGCAAAUGAGGACCAGGACAAUAGCAUGAUGAAUCUUGACUGGAGUUGGUUAACUGAAUGA